AUGAUUAAUAACUUGGAGAGGAUGCAAGAAAUUAAUUUGGCUAAGAGUGAGCUCCUAGGUAUUCAUGUUCUUGAUUCUGAAUUUGAUUGGUUGGUUAACUCUUUUGGUUUCAAGCGGGAUUACGAGCCUUUUACUUACCUUGGCCUCCCUUUGGGUGGUAAUCCCAAUCAUGUAACUUUCUGGCAACUGGUGAUGGAGAGAAUUCAGCACAAGCUUCAUAAUUGGAAAUGGUUCCCUCUUGUUAUUAGUUGCCUUGAUAAGCUGGUUCAAGACUUCUUUUGGGAGGAUUCUCAUGAUGAUGUUGGCAUACAUAAUGUGAAUUGGGAAAUAUCUCAGCGCCCUCAAUUGCUGGGAGGCCUUGGUAUUGGCAAUUUUAAGCAUAGAAAUUCUACCCUUGGACUUGGGCGAUUUUUUUCUGAGCAUGAUGCAUUAGGGAGGUCUUUUAUUGUGGCCAAAUACUAUUCUAUCGAUUGUAUAUGGCCUACUCCUAUCUCUCAUACCUCUUUUAAGGCACCUUGGAGGUUUAUUUGUCAAAAUAUUGGUUUAAUGGCUUCCCGUAUUCGUCAUACGCUUGGUGAUGGUCCUUCUACUUCUUCUUGGUAUGACUCUUGGCUUAACUGUGGUAUCCUAUCAGCUAUGUUUCCACGGCUUUAUCGCCUUGCACAACAGCCAGAGGCUUCGAUGGCUAUCUUGUGGAACUCAUCCUCUCAUGCUUGGGAUCUCAAUCUUCGCCAUAAUCUUACUGAGUUGGAAAUUGCGGAAUGGACCACUUUGUCACACUAUUUGUUGUCUGUCAGGUUAUGCUCUUCCCUUGAUUCCUAG